AUGUACAACCAGCAGACCUUCCAAGCCUUUGCCCACACCUCGGGGCUGAUGCAGGAUGCCAACUGCCAGUAUAACAUGGGGGGCUACCCUGGCCUCGGUCACCCACACCACCCCCAGACCUUUUUCCCUUUCUCCACCGUCAAGUCGGACUAUGGGGACCUGGGGAUGCAGGGUGCGGGAGACUGUUCGGUACAGGUGGUGCCCUGGAACCACCUGGCACAGCUGGACCCGGCCAACCAGAUGAACAUCCACGGAGACCAGCAGGGGAGAGAGCAGAUGACCAGCCCGGACACGAAGAGGAACCCGAAGAGGGAAAGAGACCUGGAGCUUGAGAUUAAAGAGGAGUCCACAUCUGCCAAGGUCAACCCGCAGCCACACAGUGCCAUCGGAGCGCCCUACUAUGGCCAGGCUUGGGGUGGAGGCACCUUCUGGCCAAACCCGGGCACCACCGCAGCCAACAAGCCCCAAGCCAGCGUGAAACCCACUCCGGUGCAGCAGUACCCUGAGAACCAGAGUCCCACGGGAGAAAGUGGGCUCUCCAGCUUGGAGAACAGCCGCUGUAGUAGUGCCACCAGCUCAGUCUCUAGUGGGCACAACAACAGCACGCCAAGAAGCAUGUCCAGCGGGGGCAGUGAGGGUAUCUGCAGUGACAAUGAGGAGGAAGUCCCAACAUCUUCGGAGAUGGAACAGUUUGCCAAAGAUCUCAAACACAAACGGAUCACUCUGGGGUAUACACAAGCAGAUGUUGGCUAUGCCUUAGGAGUUCUUUUUGGCAAAACUUUUAGUCAGACGACCAUCUGCCGAUUUGAGUCUCUACAGCUGAGCUUUAAAAACAUGUGCAAACUGAAACCGCUACUACGCAGCUGGCUGCAUGAGGUGGAAACAAACGAGAACUUGCAAGAGAUCAUCAGUCGGGGACAAGUUUUGCCUCAAGCUCAGAAGCGAAAGCACCGAACCAGUAUUGAGAACAAUGUCAAACGCAGUUUGGAGAAUUACUUUAUGCACUGCUCAAAGCCCGGUGCACAGGAGAUAUCCCAAAUUGCUAGGGAAUUAAACAUGGAUAAAGAUGUGGUCAGAGUCUGGUUCUGUAACCGCCGGCAGAAAGGAAAACGGCAGGUGCACCCCUACCUUAGGGAAAAUGGUGGAGAAGUCUAUGAUGUUGUCCAGUCCCUCUCACCUCCAAACACAGGGCCAUUCGCCCUGUCGCAGGUGAUGACAUCUCAAGGUUUUGCCCCGACCCCUUUGGGUUCCAACCCUGCACUUUAUGUGCCUGCCUUCCACAAAAAUGAGGUCUUCCCCCAGGCCAUGCCUCACGGAAUGGCCAUAGGAAAUCAUGCCGGUUAA